GAACCUUACCAUUUCCACCAUCCCUGCCUACCUUUUCGCCUGAACGACCCGCGGGACCGUGACUUUCACCUCACAUCAUCCUGCAUCUGUGUUUUCUGGCUUCCCUCCGUCGCCUGUUCCCGUGUUUUUCUUUUUUUUUUCCCACUCUUUCCUUUUUCCUUUUCCUUUUAUAAAUCAGCUUCUCUGGCACGCUCGCUUUACCAAUGUCCGGCAAUCCCAACGACCACAACGACCCGAACCGGCAGGGCCCGUACCGCAAUCCCAACGAUUUUAACGAUCCUAAUCGGCCGGGACAGUAUCCGCCUCCACCGCAAUGGAACACUAGUCAACCUGAGCAGCCUGGUGAUGGUCAACAACCUCCUCACUAUCCGCCAACCUCUCAAUAUCCUUAUCCUCCGGCCUCGUACCCUCCUCCAGCUUCAUACCCCCCAGCUUCCUAUCCGCCACCAGAUCACCAAUACCCGUCUGCGCCUGGACAGUAUCCGCCUCCGCCGAACAUGGCAGCUAUUCCCCCUCCGCAGUCGCAGGACCCCUACCGCAUGGCACCCCCUCCCGGCUCCUACCGUCCCCCAGACAUGUACAGCGCACCUCCUCCGCCUCAAGUAGUCUAUCAAGCUGCUGCUCCUCGUCAGCGGACUGCCAUCGCGUGUCGCUACUGCCGGAGACGGAAGAUCCGUUGCUCGGGAUUCGAAAGCUCUCAGGAUGGACGCUGCAGCAACUGCAUCCGCUUCAACCAGGAGUGCAUGUUCACCCCAGUUUCAUCCCAGGCGCAAGCCUUUGUCCCUGCCCAUGCCGCCUACCCCCACCUACGGAAUGCCCAGAACCAAGGCCGCGGACCGCCUCCCGGAGGAGUGAUGCUUUAUGGUGCCCAUGGCCAGCCCCUCCCACCACAGCAGCAACCGGAGAGUACACUUCCAUCGGUGUACCCCCCUCAAUACGCAAACGCUCCUCCUCUCCCCAAUGGAGCUCAGGAUCAUAGGCCUGUUGGUCGUCGAGGAUCAGGCUCGGGAUUUGAAUACCCUGAUCCCACCAACCUCGCUCCGGUGACACCCGCUACAUCUGCAUCUGGCUAUCAGACGUAUAGUGCGACGAGCCCAUACUAUCCGCCGCCGCCUCAACAUGAGCGACGUACCUCUCCGCAAUCGAAUUAUCCCUAUGAUGGUCGCCAUUCCUCGUCUCCUCACAGCUCCCCGUAUCCUCCUGUGAACCCCAAUCAGACUCCUCCCCCCACUUCCACCCCGGGGGGUUCAUCUCGCGGCGGACUGAAUGUGCGAGACAUGUUGAAUCCUGGAGAAGGUCAGAAUCAGGGCCAAGGCCGCUCUAGCACCGAUAGUGACAUGCUCAAUGCAUUGAACCGUCGGGGCCUAGGCCAAUAGUUCUUUGUGACUAUGCCGAUAUGACAUCCAGCCAACGGGUUGGCUAUGAUGGGGAUUAGGGUGGUUUGACGGAUAUGAGUUCGAAAGAUUAUGGAGAUGCAGCAGAAGGAGGCACGUUCAAGUUCGUCGAUGGCUGACGCGCAAAGCUUGUGUGCUGGUCACACGUCCAUGUGAUAUUCGUGGUAAUAUCUCA